AUGUCGUCCGAAAGAGAGCAGCUGACACUCGAGGAGGCCCAAGCCGAGUUGGAUAAGUUAUUGCUUACGUAUGAUGAGGUUGGUGCACGCGUGCUCAAGGAACUACCGUUGUACGUGGUGGAGUUGGAGAGAGAGUUUGCUAACGUUUUUUCUCUCGAGGGAAACAUACAGCAAAUCGAGGAGGCGUUCGCGGCUAAUGAAUGCUCAGAAAUGUCUGUGCGAUCCGGGAAGGUGCACCCGGUGCUGCUGAGGAUUAAUAGGUCUAUAAUGAAGGCCGCCGAAAAGGCUAUCGAGAGGGUGACGAAGUACAUGAGAUGGUGUGAUGAUAUUCACCACGGGUGCAAAGUAUAUCACGAGACGAGAGCUGAGAUUUUACGAAGGCUGGGAGUGGGUGAGAGGGUGACGACUAAGGAGAACUACUCUGAAAAUGGCAAUAAAAUCUCGUCAUCUAAGGCUGUGAAGGUUGUGAACAAUCCGGCUCCUAUGGGGGAUUCACUAUGUCAUCUAGCCCGAUAUGAUGCCAGACACUAUUUCCAAGUGAAGAACCUCAUGAAAAGCAUCGUCAACAUGUAG